AUGGAAACAAUAUUAAAUCCAAACGAGGAAACUAAAGAGACGCAAAUUGCAUGGAAACAAUUAGAUCAAUACAGUUCUAUGACAUAUAAAGAACAGCAAGAGAUGGAUGGACCAGAAGCUACCAAUUUAUCUCAACAAAUGUCCAUGAGAACCCGUGGGCAGCAUUAUCGUGUAAGAGGUGGUUUUGGAGGACGUCGUCCUCAACGUGGUUUUUCUGAUUUUGGUAGAUCCCAAACACUGGACGUUAAUGAUGAUAACCGUAAUAGUGGGCCUAUACCAUAUCUACAGUAUAAUGUUCCAAGUGUCUUUGGAAUCAAAAAGGAACAGGAAAAAUAUAUGAGUCGGUUAGGUAAAUCUAAUUCGUUACUAUACCAAUAUUGGAUCGGAAAAAGGAAUGCAAGGGAGUCUAAAGGGAUUAAGCGUAAAGAUUUUGAUGGACAAUUACCUCUUAUUGAGCCAAAAAUUGCACGACAUCUUUCAAAUCUUGGAGUUGACGUGAUUGAAGCCGGUUUUCCAAUUGCUUCACAGGGUGACUUUGAUGCGGUUGCACGUAUUGCAAAGGAGGUUGGCCCUCUUAUGCAUGGUCGAGAAAAGAUUGGCAAACCUAUGAUCAUUGCUGGCCUUUCACGUGCCACUCAAAAAGACAUUAAACGUUGUUAUGAAGCUGUAUCUUUGGCGCCACUGCAUCGAAUUCACACUUUCCUGGCUACAUCGGAUAUACACCUUAAUUAUAAACUAAAGAUAGAUCGUAAUGAAUGUAUUAAACGUGCUGCUUCAGCAGUUGCAUAUGCAAAGAGUCUUUGUGAUGAUGUAGAAUUCAGCUCUGAAGAUUCUGGAAGAACUGAUAAGGAUUUCUUGUGUCAAGUCUUGGGAAAAGUUAUCGAGGCUGGCGCAACUACUUUAAACAUUCCAGAUACAGUUGGUUACACUAGCCCUGAGGAUUAUGGCGCAUUAAUCAAAUAUUUAAUUGAAAAUACGCCUGGAACUAAUACAUUGUCUGGAAUUACAAAUGGUGCUAGACAGGUAGAAGUGACAAUCAAUGGUAUUGGCGAACGUGCUGGUAAUGUCACUGCAAAUUAUUCACGUGUUUUUAUACAUAGCAAUACAUCUCUUGAAGAAGUCGUAAUGAAUAUCCAUACUCAUCCUUCUUCAUAUCCAGUGUAUCACACCAUCAAUACCCAACUUAUUUACCGUACAUCCACUCUAGUAUCAUCUCUUUCUGGAAUGGUGGUACAACCAAAUAAGGCAAUUGUGGGUGCCAAUGCAUUCCUUCAUGAAUCUGGCAUUCAUCAAGAUGGUGUGCUGAAGAAAAAAGAAACUUAUGAAAUCAUGCGUCCUGAAGACGUUGGCAUCUUCAGUACUAAUUUGGUGUUGGGUAAACUUUCAGGACGCAAUGCUUUUCGCUCCCGCCUUGAACAACUUGGUUAUUUUGAUAUGAAUGAAGAUGACUUAAAUAAAGCCUUUGAUCGAUUUAAGGCUUUGGCAGAUGCUAAAAAGCAUGUCACAGAUCAUGAUCUCUUAGCUUUGAUAGCUGAUCAUGUUUCUUCUGGAAGUGAAUCUAAAUUCGAUUUGCAAUCAAUCCAGGUUGUUUCUGGAACUCGUGAGAUGGUUACUGCAACUGUCAAACUCAAGGAUUCUUCUCAAGAACAAGAACUCAUUGGUGCAGCCGUCGGGCGAAAUGGUCCUAUAAUGGCUGUAUUUAGUGCCAUUCAACAAUUGGUACAACGUAAAAUUCGCUUGCUAGAUUAUGAAGUUCGUUCUGUUUCUGAGGGGAUGGAUGCUUUAGGAAAAGUUGUCGUAAAAAUUACUGAGGAUGUUGAUUAUUCAAUUUCCGAAACAGAUUCAAAUCCGCAAGAACAUAUUAUUGAUCGUGCAGUUAAACCCAUUGUCGAUUCAAAAGGAGAAACAAAGUUAUCAAAGAGCACAUAUCAUGGACACGGCACAGAUGUUGAUAUAGUAAUGGCAAGUGCGAAAGCUUACGUAAAUGCAAUCAAUAGGUUGUUUGCAAGCGAACUCAGCGGAAUAUCUCGGAGUUCCUUGGAAGAAAGACAAGCCAAUAUAUAA